ACCUGCCCAGAAAUGGAUAUUCAAAUAUUCUUAGCAACUAUUGAUUUCUAGGAAAAUCUCCUGCUUAGUCUUUAUUAAUUGACAAUUCACUGGAGUUCAGGGGUUAUCCAUAUACUUGUUAUCAGUUUGUCAGUUUCUGCAAUUUUUAUAUUAUACCUACCAGUCAAUUUUUAUUUUCCUUGGGCAAGUGGAUUUUAUUUUUUUUGAGGUAAGUCAAGUUUUAUUUGCGUGAGGCCAGUCAAUUCUUCAUCUGCCUCAAGUUGUUUAUAAGAGCCUUUGUAUAUCAAUGCACACACAUAAACAACUAACCUUCCUAUAUGAUGAGGCAGAUUUUGCAGGUGAUAAGACCAACAAGCUAAUCCACCAGUCAGUUGAAAGUUAGGUUGGAUUAGCGGCUCUGGAGGGUUAGCCAUGGUGUUUGCGCUUCAUGGCUUUGAUUGAUGUCUCUCUUUUUUUAAUCUCAUACUGCUGGUAGUAAGACAAGUGGAGAUUGAAUUAGCCAAAAGAUGAAGCAAACAAAACUCGAAAAAGAAAAUUGCAGCACAAAUACCAAAAAAUCAAUUCCGCCACCUCCACCUCCACCUCCCCCUCUGCCACUUCCAAGAUACUGGGUCCGCAAAAGUGCCGCUGAAAGUGUGACUAAUCGAGAGAUUGCUAAGUUCUGGAGGCAAAAGCGUUUCGAGGAAGAGGAUCACCUUCUUGCUGCUAUCAAGGCAGCAGCACGUGCCAGAGCUCGCAAUCUUACGGAAGAUGACUACAAACAAUUUGAAGAGUCAUUGAAGGAUAACAAUGGCACCAAUGAUGGUAAGGAGGAGAAUACCACUGUUUCCUUCAAUACUACAAAAGAUGAUCUGAACAAGGAAGUGCGAGUUGGCAUAAAAGACUGGUGGACCAAGAGCAAGUAUGCUUAUCUAAAUCAGCCAGCCAUUGAAUCAAUGGAUCCUCAAAAGAGAAGAAGUUCUAAUUACAUUCCAAAUUGUUUCUCAUUUAAGCCCACUCCUCUAUAUCCUACUUCUCUUGGAGUCUUCUAGCUUCAAUUCAUUUAUACAGAAAAAGUUGGUUUAUAUACAUGAUGAUCUCUUUUCUGGGAGAUUUAUGGCUUCUACGUUUUAAAUAAGUGUGCUUCUACAUGUUAUUUAUUUAUGAAGUCUUUCCUUGUUUUUCUUAGAACUUCCAGAAAAAAAAACAAGGAAAGAGAGAUUCUUUGUAAUAUCUAAAACAUGCAUAUAUAAAUAUGGAUUGUUUUUUUUUUU